CCACCUCCCGAUAUGAAUGAGUCGACUAAAUGAGGCUAUUCGUGGUGUGGACGCCACAAAUUCCCAUGCCUUGACCAAUCCUCGCUCCCUCGUAAAAAGUGGUCCAAAAUAUGUUGAUAGUUAGCAAACAUGAUAAUCACCCAAUUGAUCUCAUCUAGUUCCCACUGAUUUCCUUACGUAGGAUUACUAACCCAUGCUAGCUCCCAUUUCUCUUGAAUAUACAUAUAACUACUAUCCCAUAUUGCCCUUUCCAUCAUCACCUACGUCACUCUAAAUUCCAAGGCCAAGUGGCUGGAAGCUACUUUAAUCCCAACCCAUCAACAGUUACCAAUUCUAUUUCCACAAGAAAUUUCUAUGCACUUCUCUUACUGUAUAGAACAGGCACCAAAUCCAUGUCAUUAUCGCACUCGAUGAAACCAUAACCAUUACCUCAAUAACCUAUAUCGAUCAGCACAAGAAACGAUCAACAAGCAAAGAGCACAGGAGCAAGCGAUGAUUUACUCGAAACUAGUACCUCAAUUAUAUUGAUAUUCCACCGAUGCAUUUUCGUACUUAUCAACCAAAUAUGUCAUGUCGAGACCACCUAGCCGGGUCGAGUUCCGUUGGGGCUUCAUCGUAAUCCUCUCGUCUGUCUCCAUGUCACUCUUUCGUGUACAAUCCUCUAAUAUUCAUUAUGAGAAUUGUUGAAUUGUUUAAGGGGUAUGCUUAUACUUUUCGUACCCAUCAAAGAUCAAUUAUUCUUGCACUCGGUUACUAGGGGUAUGCUUACCACGACAACUACUUCUAGUUCCCAAUUUAAUCUCAACUCCACCAUGGAAGCCAAGUACUGGAAUAAUUAACACCAAAUAUGGAACCAGAAAAGACAACCAAAGCAUCGUUAGCUAUUUGAGUUCGCCCUCUAAUUGACGAAUGGAAACCAUUGCUGAUUUUAUCAGACAAUUAUUCCUACAACCUAAACAUCUAAAUUUCCUUGGAGCCAGAGUCGUCCCCCGCACGAGAUACGAUGCAAUCAUAUUAAGGCUAAGAGUAAAGCGCAACGGUAUAGACUGAUAUGUUACCUCCUAGGUCGGCUGAAGCAUGGAAAUGUAGCCGCACCACUGCCUUCCUCCAAAUCCGAGCAGAAGCUGCCAAAUCUCAGCCUCCGUCAAGAGCCACCACUCCUGGCCCUCUGCUGCGGCAUAACCUCGACUUAAUAUGCCUUGGUCAAGAUCUCCCUAUGAUCCUUUUUCUCCUGGCCCCUGUCAUCUCUUCACCGAUGAUAGUUCUUUCAGUCCGCACCUCACCCGAUUGAUGUUCCCCCAGGUGGUCAUCUACCCCUCUCUCCAUUAGUUGCUUGGCGGCAACGGCAGACCUUUUCUUUAUUGCGGAGAGAUACAGGGCGUGGGUGGGAGCGGCGAGUUGUACAUGCUGAAGUGCAAGAAUGGGUUGGGGGUGUCUCGUACAGGUGGAACGGUUUAGCGGCUGCUUGGAAAGGUUGGGGAAUAGAAAUUGAUCGGGGGAGGGUUUAAUUGGUAGUGGUGAGGCCGAGUGGGGUAGGCAGUCUAGGGUUUUAGUUUGUCCAAGGUUAUUUGUGGAAAUUCACAAUUACGGGUGAGUUUAAUCCAAAACGCAAUUAUUGUCCGUAACUUUCUCAUUUUAUGUCGAAAUUCGACACCGCUUGAACCGAUAGUUCACAUUUUUAAUCCACAUCGAUAAUACGGUGGAACUUGACCUAAUGGUAUAAUAGUCAUUUUGACUUUUGGGAAGAGCGGGGUGUAACAUUUCCUCCACCCUUAUAAAAAUUUUGUCCCCGAAAUUUGAUCGGGCGCCUCCUUUCAUACUCCUCAUUCUCGUGCUUCUUUAGCUCAAGAUUUCACUCUUUCUAUAUGAACUUCAAUGGCGUGCCCUUACCUUGUCUUGAAUAGCUUACUAUAGUUCUUAUAUGUACUCUUGACCAUAACAUAUAUUCUCAUCUAAGAAGUAUAGUAAGCUAUUAGAAUAGGUUUAAGUGACUCAUUGCCCUUUCAAAAUUUUCCAACUUGGGCCCAGGGUGUGAUGGAAAAAAUUUUUGGCUCAAUUUAUUUGGUCCAACUGAUUCAGUACUUGAUGUUGAACCUAUCGAAGUCGAGGUAUCACAUUUACUCCCCACUUAUAGAAAUUUCGCCCUCGAAAUUCGUCCACUUUGAUUACUCUAAGCAUCGCUUGUGGUAAUCCUUUUCACUUCGCGGAUUUUCAUUUCCUUUAACUUAUACGACAUGACCUAAAAUCCUUCUCUCCAUUCCCUGCAACUUCAAUGUUGUUGUGGCUUCUUAACCCCUCACAUUACCUCGGCUGCACCUUGUACAUAUAUUGGAACGAUAACUAUCCAUUCGGUACAUAAGAAGUUAGUGCCCCUCUCCAACCACAAGGUCACUGAUGGCGGUUUAUCUUCCAUUUAGUUAGAUGGUAAAACUCUUUUGACGUAACUCUCGUCUAGGGUUGACCUCAUAGGUCACCUAGGUCCUUGUAUCUCCUAACUUUGCAUCCCUUACUUUCCUCCUUGAUGCCUCGUCUUAUCCUUUAACCAUAAACAGAGUGGUCAUCUCCUCAUUACUUCUUGCUUAACUCUGAAACCUCAUAAUAAUGCUUUUACUUCAUGUAUGCAUUAAAGGCAUCCGUUGCAUCUUUCUCUAGCUUGCGAUCAACUUUACGACUCCUUUCAAGAAUCAUGACAUUCUCUCUGGCUUACUUCUUAACUCAUGGCGCCUAACUUAGCACUUCCUUAUCGUUGCUUGAAUGUUAUGUUCUCGUACUAUCCCUUCUGCCACUCUUGUACCCUAGCUGAAAUUCAUCGUACGGUUUCCCCGUCCAAUAAGUUUUGAUAUGAGAGAUCAACACCUUUCACCCGCAUAGGCGAUCUUGGCUUCCCUUUGGCGUACCCUAUCAGAUUCCCUAAACUCAUAUCCAUAUUACUUCUCUACUCGUGACUCUUCUCCUUGAUGUUACUCGCUAGUUCUAGAUGUCCCUUGUUCUCGAUGUAGUCAUCUAGGUUCUCAUGUUAUCUCCUCACUUAUGUACCUUGACCUAUAAGGUUCUCCCUUUGACUAUUCUUGACGACCACGAUUCCACCUUACAAUUGGCUGAAAUUUCUCGAUGGACUUCCUAUGGAUUAACUGUACUCUACUAGUAAUCAACCUAAUGCUUUCUCGUUAUCUGUUGUACUCCUGCUUUGGCUCGUCCUAGCUAUCUUCCUUGACGCAUACAUCGUCAGGUUGAUGCCAACCAUUUUUUUUCUAUAACUUCCCACUGUGUUCUUCUUGCUUCUUUACCUUUACUACCACCAAACUACAACUCUUUUGUUGUUGUUUGUACUAUAUUUGGUCACCAACCUCUGUUGAGUAUCUUCUCGUUGUUGUUUUAGGUCACAACUUUCCAAUGGUGGCUUGCCCUUGGUAACCUUUAACAUAACUCAUUCCAUGUCUCUUUUGUUGAUCGAUCUUGUACAUAAACUUAGUCUCUUAGCUAGGAUUCUUAGUGGCUUAACUAAGCGUGCCUGUUUCAUCCUUAACUAGUUGUCUCCUCUGGAGCCCUCCUACUAUGCCGCGCCCACUCAGAGUGGGGCACCUUGGAUAAGGUAACUUCUCUUUUUCCUCAUUCUCGGUAAUGCUUUCCCUCAUCGUACCUCUUUGUGCAGCUUCUUGACCUCGAGUCACCUGAGACUUGACCCAUUGACUUCUUGAAAUCUCGUCAAACUCCCUCUGGCCUUUUUGCUCUUCCUUGGUAUUGUUCGCAAACUCUCUUCAUUACGACCGUUUAGACUCUUCCUCGAAUUCUCCAACUUUCGUUAGAACUUCUAAUGAACGUUGUACUUACUUUUCUAUACCCGAUUGAUUGAAUGAUUUACUCCUACGGCUAGUUCCGAGACUCCCGCUCUUGGCCCUCUAGUUCCCACUUUAGACUUUCCCAAUGGAUUCCUUGAAAUUCUACGAUUUUCUGAUUCUCCUUGAUCAUGGUAAUUUGCAGGGUCUCUCAACCCCUUCCCAUACCGUGUCCUCUAGCUUGCGCUUGACAGGUGUAUAGCAUGCCUGAUCUAACCUCAACCUCUACAUCAUUUAUCUCGUUCCUUGUCUAACUCAUUCUAAAGGCUUGUCAUCGGCCUAACCCCCAGGGUCGUGUACCCUCUUCUCUAGUGACGUAGUUUAUCUAUAAGGGUCCCUUUAUCGUUAUAUGCAAAUGACCAUACCUCCUCUCCGCCUUGACCUUUUGACUUCUUGACGUCUUUUCAUACUCCCUGUAACCUACUUAUUUCCUCCUUUAGUUCAUUUAUACUACUCUAGCUUUUCUUGAAGUCUAAGAUUUUCACUGCUCCUUGUCACUAUGUUGUAAUAGCGUUAACCACUAAAACUAGUUGAGGGUAGGGAUGGCAAUGGGGCGGGUUUGCUUAAACCAUCCCCAUACCCAUCUUCAAAUACCCAAACCCAUACCCGCCCCAUACCCAUGCGGGGGAAUGUUUGGCAAACCCAUCCCCGUACCCGUGGGUUUCGGGUAACCAUGGGUAAUACCCAUACCCGUAAUCCAACAUUAUUAUACCUAAAACUUACAAGAAAAGUUCUAAUUAUAACUCUAAACAAACAUAUUAUAUCACGAAGUCAACAAAACACGGUCAUUUUUUUAAUAUGGUUCAAAGAUUAUGAUCCUAAAAUAUCCUUUAAUACAUAUUAUAGAGUAUA